UUUCCUGUUUGCUUCUGGUGAAGAAGUAAGCAAGCGUCUCGUACUAGUUCUUGUUUUCCUUCUCUUCGCAUUUCAAUUUUGAUCAUCGAUCGAACAAAGGACUCUGUGUAAAUGAGUUGGCUGUCUUGGCAAGUUUCAAAAGUUUCAGGAAGCCGUUUUCCGUUUAAGAUUUUAAGAGGGACUGUCCGAGCAAGGUGCGGCAACAGCAGAGUUCAGAGUUAGGUAUUAGUGAAGAUAAACCUGAUAUGGCAACCAGUUGGCCAUCUUCAAGUAAAGAAAAUCUAAACUUUGUUCGCCUUUCUAAGUUAUUGAUUGAUGGUGGAACACAUGUCUUAAGAGAUGUAUUUGACUCGAUCCAUUCACCAAGCUCCCUUCACAGGACACUACUCAGUACAACAGUGCAUUCUACUCUAAAGCUACUGAGAGCAAAGAGGAUUCUAAACAAACGACAAUGGGACAGACUCUAUCCUGCUAGCCGAAGUACACCUGUCACUUCAGCAGAUUUUGACAUCACACUGUUAUUUGUUCUACUGCGUAAUAUAUGUGGUUUAACACCCCCAGCAACAGGAUGGGACAAGCCUCCUGUUGCUAUAGACCAGAGUAGAGAGGCUGAUUUGGCUCGAGUCAAAUAUUAUAGAAAUGAUUUUUAUGGCCACAUCACAGAAACAGCUGUUAGUGACAAUGAUUUUGAGAAAUACUGGAGUGAGAUCUCAGAUGUGUUGGUGAGACUGGGUGGACCUCAUUACAAACCAGAGAUUGAGAGGAUGAAAAUAGAUACAAUGGACCCUGAAGAGGAAAAAAAAUUUAUUGGAGCACUUGAAGAGCGGGAAGUAAUGGAGCAGACAGUUCUUCGAAAGAGAGUGAAAAGAAUUUCAGCAGAUGCUUCACAGGCCAAAGAAUAUACAGAGAAACUGAAGUCAUCAAUCAAACAACAAACCGAUUUUCUGUUGUCAGAGGAAGAAGACAAGAAAAUUAGAACCGAUGACAUCUUUACGAGUGCGACUAUCCAACGCGGUCCAAAACACUUCAAGGAACCUGAAGAAAGGAGAUUUGGCAGGAGGCAAUUGGAUGAAGUUCAAGCAAGUAGUAAAAAACUCACGAACUGUUCAGAAAUGUUUCUUUGCCCGGAAAAUGAUGAUCAGAAAUCUGCAGCUUCUUGCACGACCACUCCUAAAUCUAUCUUGUUGACGGGCAAAGCAGGAAUUGGGAAAUCCCUUUUUUGUCGGAAGCUGGCACGGGAUUGGUCGCAUAACCGUUUGUUUGAGGAAGGUCAAGAAAAUGCCAAAAAACCUGAUUUUCAGUUUGUGUUCCUGUUGACAUUCCGUCAACUUGUUCUUCCAGAAAAAAAAAGGCUUGGCUUACGUGAUAUCUUAAGUCAGUCCUUCCUACUGAACGAGCACUCGGUGAUAGACGAGUCAUUACUGCAAUACAUGAUUGACAAUCCUGAGAAGCUGCUCAUCAUCCUCGAUGGAUAUGAUGAGUAUAAACAACGAAAGAAAAUCACCGGGGACUUUGAGGAGAAAUAUUCAAACGACCCUCAUGAAAAAAUACCUGUUCCUGCUCUGUUUGCCAAAAUCAUGAAAAGAAAGAUGUUAAACGGUGCAGUGGUCCUGAUAUCCUCGAGGCCUGAAGAAGCCGAGGAAUUAAAAGAAAUUGCCUUUGAUGUGAGAUGUGACAUUCAAGGAUUUUCUUCACUUCAAGUGCUAGAAUACAUCAAAAAAUAUUUUAAAGCCAACGAAAGCAUGAAGAACAAAGUACUUAAUCACAUCAAAACAAAUGAAAUUCUUUUAAGUUUUGGUCACAUUCCUGUGAUGUGUUUUCUAAUGUGCCUCUAUAUUAAAUGGUACAUGACUGAAUCAAAAACCACAGAAAAACUACCCAUCACAAGAACAGAACUUUAUCAUGAAGUAAUCAAAGAAUUUAUCAAGAAACAUUCCUCUUCUAAAUACGAAAAAAUGGAAGAAACUAAAGUACAAGAAAUAUUACAUAAACUAGCUGAACUAGCGGUGAAUUUAAUGAUGGAAGAUAAAUAUAUUUUCAACGAAAACGAUAUGAAAAAAUUCAAUCUAAACGAUGAAGAAAUAACAAACCUGAAAGCGAGUGGAUUACUUGACUGUUGUCCUGGCGUUAGGAAAUUUCCAUUCGAGAAACCACUACUUGAAUUUACGUUCACCCACUUAACGAUUCAAGCAUUUCUUUGUGCUUUUUUGUUUGUAGAGAAAAAACAAAUCCCAGAGAAAAAGAAAACGAGCGAUGUGACAUUCAUGUUCAUGGCGGGAAUUUUUUCAAGAGAAAAAGAUGAAAAAAUGAUGGAAAAGUUGAUAGAAAAUAUCAAUCCAGGGAAUGAAUACGAUGAGAGGAAUAAACUGCUAACUUUAUCCUGUCUGUACGAGUACAAAGACGAUGGAUUUUCUACCAGAGUAAAAAGUAACCUUAAAUAUCAAGCAGAAACCGAAGCAGAGGCGGAAGCAGAAACAGAAACGAUAGCCCCUCCUGAAAUUCUUGCCAGUAGUCCUGAGGCCUUGGAAGCUUACAAAGAAGCCCUUAUAAGAGGCAAAACAAAAAAUAGGCGUGUGCUGGUAACAAUAGUAGGACCACCCCGUGCAGGAAAGACAAGCCUGUUGAAAUCUUUAAAAGGAGAGGACUUCGAUCCUAAUGAAGACAGCACUACUGGAGUUGUACUUCAGAAUUCUCGGUUUGAGGAAGUUGAUGGCAAAGAUAAUUUUGUAAUGAACCGCAUCGCUGAAUGUACGGUUGAGAAUCUCAUAAAAAAUCAGACAAGAGAAGACAAAGACCCAGAAGAUGAAGAACAAGAAUUUGGAGACUCAAAUAGCGGAGAGGACUUCAAUCCUAAUGAAGACAGCACUACUGGAGUCGUAUCUCAGAAUUCUCGGUUUGAGGAAGUUGAUGGCAAAGAUGAUCCUUCAAUGAUUCGAAGCGAUGAAUGUAUGGCUGAAAAAUUCAAAAAUAAUCAGACAAGAAAAGACAAAGAUGUUGCCGCACGUGAGCACCCAAGUCAAAAAGACGCAGAAGAUGAAGAACAAGAAUUUGAAGACUCAGUAAUGGAAAAUACCAGCUUACAACUAUCAAUUUUAACUGAUGGUUCGAAAGUUCCAAAAGAAAUGGUAAAUUUAUUAGACAAACGCCUCAGGGACACUAAGAACGACCAGAGAGCGAACGAAAACGAAAUUUCCUUUAAAACRCUUGAUUUUGCUGGACAACAAGUCUAUGAAGUCAUUCUCCCGUUAUUUAURUCUUCAAAGUCAAUCUAUAUAUUGGUUCAUAGCUUAGAAAAUGACCUUCGUUCUGAUGCGCAACCAAAAGUAAAACAUGGCAACUCAGAAAGAAAACUCAAGAAUCCCUUUCAAAUGACAUAUUUGGACGCUCAAGAGUUUUGGCUUUCUUGUAUUUCAUCGUAUACAACCUUGAAAAAGGAAGUUGACUCUGUUUACUACAGAACCCAAGUGGCAUUGCCACCAGUAUUUGUAGUUUGCACUCAUGCAGAUGUUCGUAAUCAAGACCCGAAGAAAGUUUCUCGAGAAUUGUGUAAGAUUUUGACGCGUCCCGAAAACUCCUUUGGUAAGCACGUUGUACCAAAUGUCUACACCGUUGAUAACACAUUAUCAGGAAACAAAGAAGUACAGGAUGAAUCUACCAAAAGAUUGAAGACGAAUGUUGAAGAACUAUCUAAAUUGCUUCCCCAAGUAAAUGAAGAUAUUCCAGUCAGCUGGCUGCGAUUUGAGGAGGAGCUUUCAAGACUUCAAGAGCAGAAGAAGUACGUUAAUUUGGAAGAAGCUAAGGGGAUCGCUACCCAAUGCAACGUCAACACAGCCACAGAAUCCAUCGAGUUUACGACACUGUUAAACUACCUGCAUGACUUAAAGACAAUCAUUUACUUUGAAGAAACAGGAAAAGUAUUCAUCGAUACACAGUGGUUGGUCGAUAUGUUUGUUAAGGUCAUCACAGUCAWGCCAUUUGAAGAAUGGAAGGCGUAUGCCGCUUAUUGGAGAAAACUGGAAAACGAUGGUAUUUUACAAAGAGCUCUAGUAGAGCAUGUUUGGAGUGACAUAGCAAGUGAUGGCCAAAAUACAGUUGACAAUUUGCUUACGAUAAUGGAAAAGUUCUCACUGAUUUGUACGUGGAGGCUGAAUGUAGAAGACGUGUACCUUGUUCCUUGCAUGUUGUGUAACAGCAAGGGAACUGAGGACAUCGAAAAGCUGCUGGCUGACCAGAAAUCUUCAACAAUGCUCAUUCGUUUCAAGAGUGUUCACCUGCCCAUGGGCAUCUUUCCAAGGUUGUUUGUAGCUCUUGCUGAACAUGGCAAAAAGGAAUGGCCAAAAGUAAGCCAAGGCAAGAAGGAAUGUCUACCAAAGCUUCGUCGGAACUUUUGCAGGAUGUUCAACGUUGGACAAGAAGGAAAGCUUGACAUAUGUAUUACCUCAGGGGUUCGAACCAUAUGCGUGACCGUCUACAACAAGAAUAACAUUGAUGGCGCAUCAGUAACUAAGUUCUGUCAGUCCUUGCGAAAAUUGCUUGAUAAAAUCUUUGCCGCCAUGGAAAACACGUGUCCUCGAGUGGAAAACAUGGAAUUGGAGUAUGGCAUUCGUUGUUCAGUCUGUACAAAGUUGGAAUGCAGCUCUCACGAGACCAAGGGAUGUAAAAGAGAUUCAUGUCAGCACUUUGUCAGUGAGAAAGAGUUGAAGCUUGGUGAAGCAGAAUGUCGUGAGGAUGAAACGAACACAAACACCUUGAUAAGAGAGGAGACAUAUUCACACUGGUUUCCCAAACCAAACAACAAGAGGUCCCAUGUACAGGUUGAAACUCAACAAUUGGAAAGGAAUAGUCACGGCAAUGGAGCAACAGGUGGCAUACCUAAAAAGAGACAGAAAAUGAAAAGAAACAUUUCACAUGAACCAUCUGAAGAGGAGCUAGAUGAACUUGCCGGAAAUAUUAUCAAAAUUUGGCAACGUCUUGGUAGAAAACUUAAAGUAUGCAACAGUAAAAUAGAAGAAAUCUUAAGAGACGACAUACAUUAUUCAGAAAUAAGAGAAAAGGCCUUCCAGAUGUUUUUGUUUUGGAAGGAAUCCAGUAAAAAACCAUCAUAUCGUACUCUAGGUAAUGCUUUAGUAAAAUUAGGAAAGCGCAACCUUGCACAAAAGUAUUGUCGGUGAUAUGAUGUAACAUUGUUAGAUGAAACCUUUGUUUUCUGAGAUAUGUUUCGAUUGCAAAGUAAAGUUUCUAGAGCAAGACGUUAAAGAACCACUGAGGACGUAAAGAAACCCUAGCAGUGACCACCCUCAGUGCCUACACUUCAUACUAACCAUCUCUCAUGCUUGUAAAUUGCACGAAAAGCAAUCUGUCAUUCACAACUCCAUGUAAAGUGCCUUUGAUUAUAUUCACAUAUUAAAGGGCGCUAUAUAAAUCAUAAUCAUCAUCAAUCUGUCAUUCAGAACUCCAUGUAAAGUGCCUUUGAUUAUAUCCACAUAUUAAAGGGUGCUAUAUAAAUCAUAAUCAUCAUCAAUCUGUCAUUCACAACUCAAUGUAAAGCGCCUUCGAUUAUAUUCAUAUAGAAAAGGGGGCUAUAUAAAUUCAUAAAUCAUCAUCAUCAUCAGCAAGAUGAAUCAGAUGAAUCAGACACCGCAUAACUGACAUAAGUUUAUUAGUUCUUGAACAAGAAAAACAAUUUAGAAAGUAGCAAAAUGUUUUAUUUAAUUAACUUUCUAAGGUAAAACACAAAAAUAUUAUAACAAUUCAGUUUCAUUCACAUCUAUUUAUAUUAAUUUUAUCCACUAUUGGUGAAACUGGAUCGUAAUAUAAUGAUGAUAUUAACUUCAUUUCGACUGCUAAAAAUAGACCAUGUGAUAAUGAGCACAACGUACUCGUAUUAACCCAUGAGUAUGCAGAUGAGAAACCAUGGGUUUAUAUUUACUCAGCAUUUGAUGGUCACGGUUUGUUUCUUUUUUGGAAACAUUUUUAGAACAACUGUUGGCCAUUCCGAGGUUGAGGAAAAUACUGGGUCGAGUUCGCAUUGCAGUGCAUUGUGGGGCUGUAGGGGACGAAAUACGCGACAUUUUCUCUCUCGACCUCGGAACGACCAAUACACUUUAGUUCAGUAUGAAUGGCUUGUUAUUUUCAUGUUUUGUAUGCUAUAUAUGUAGUUACUCCGGCGAAGGACUAGCGUCCGAAACGUCAGUAAAUUUCACUUUAUAUUUUUUCAUCUUUUUCACGGUGUAUAAUUUACCUUUUUAUCAUUACUGUUUCAUUUGAAACACCGACGCAGCUCACACUAGUUUUUAACAAAUCUCUUCUAUAUAUAGUUAGUUUUUUAGUUAAAUUUUUUAACUUGUAUUUAUACUUUUUUUUACAUGUAUAUAUUUAUUAUAUAGACAUGAGUGUUUUACUGGGAAAUAAGCCACUCCUAUUUUUCGCACAAACUACAUCCGGGACCUGAGUAACAUAUUUUCCAUCUCUUCACUAGUGAGGAUAACGAUGACAUCACUUGCGAUGUUUUCCCGCUCACUUGAGGCGUGUUGUAAUAAAAAAUUUUCAUUUGUGGAUUUUUCUAUGUAAUAAAAAGAAAAUUGCACGUUGGCUUGAAUAUAUGAAGUUUAUCUUCGAGUGGUGAAAAAUAUUUCACUCGUUCGCUGCGUUCACUCGAUCGUGUGAAUAUUUCCACCACUCGAAGAUAAACUUCAUAUCUUCGCGCCACCGUGUGACAUCCUCUACAUAUAUUUUUAACAAACACUAUAGAAGAACAAAGAUAUAAUGAACCCUCGUUAUUAAAGUUAUAAUAUAAAUAUUUAAAUGAAAAAGAGAAAAUAAAUCUGCAGUUUGUAA